GUUGUAAGAGGAACUAGGGCUGGGAGUCUGAUGAAGGAGAAGGAACAUGGCCAUGCCUAAACCACCCCCCGGAGCCCUCUGAGCCUGCACCCCACCCACGGCCCAUUCAGGCACCCCCAGAAAUCCAGAUACCACCCCCACCAUGGGCAGUAAGGAGCGCUUCCACUGGCAGAGCCACAAUGUGAAACAGAGCGGUGUGGACGACAUGGUGCUGCUGCCUCAGAUCACCGAGGACUCCAUCGUGGGCAACCUCCGAAAGCGUUUCAUGGAUGACUACAUCUUCACCUACAUUGGCUCCGUGCUCAUCUCUGUAAAUCCCUUCAAGCAGAUGCCCUACUUCACGGACCGUGAGAUCGAGCUCUACCAGGGCGCAGCCCAGUAUGAGAAUCCCCCGCACAUCUACGCCCUCACCGACAACAUGUACCGGAACAUGCUCAUCGACUGCGAGAACCAGUGCGUCAUCAUCAGUGGAGAAAGUGGAGCCGGAAAGACGGUGGCUGCCAAAUACAUCAUGGGCUAUAUCUCCAAGGUGUCUGGUGGGGGCGAGAAGGUCCAGCACGUGAAGGACAUCAUCCUGCAAUCAAACCCACUGCUCGAGGCCUUCGGCAACGCCAAGACCGUGCGCAACAACAAUUCCAGUCGUUUUGGAAAGUAUUUUGAGAUCCAGUUCAGCCGUGGCGGGGAGCCAGACGGGGGCAAGAUCUCCAACUUCCUGCUGGAGAAAUCCCGUGUGGUUACGCAGAAUGAAAAUGAGAGGAACUUCCACAUCUACUACCAGCUGCUGGAAGGAGCCUCCCAGGAGCAGCGGCAGAACCUGGGGCUCAUGACCCCCGACUAUUAUUACUACCUCAACCAAUCAGACACCUACAAGGUGGAUGGCACUGAUGACAGAAGUGACUUCAGUGAGACUCUGAGUGCCAUGCAGGUCAUCGGGAUCCCACCCAGUGCCCAGCAGCUGGUCCUGCAGCUCGUAGCCGGCAUCCUGCACUUGGGAAACAUCAGCUUCCGUGAAGAUGGGAACUAUGCCCGGGUGGAGAGUGUGGACCUCCUGGCCUUUCCUGCCUACCUGCUGGGCAUUGACAGCGGGAGGCUACAGGAGAAGCUGACCAGCCGCAAGAUGGACAGCCGCUGGGGCGGGCGCAGCGAGUCCAUCAACGUGACCCUGAACGUGGAACAGGCAACUUACACUCGCGACGCCCUGGCCAAGGGGCUCUACGCCCGUCUCUUUGACUUCCUCGUGGAGGCCAUCAACCGUGCUAUGCAGAAGCCCCAGGAAGAGUACAGCAUUGGUGUGCUUGACAUCUACGGCUUUGAGAUUUUCCAGAAAAACGGCUUUGAGCAAUUCUGCAUCAACUUUGUCAAUGAGAAGCUACAGCAGAUCUUUAUUGAACUCACCCUGAAGGCAGAGCAGGAGGAGUAUGUCCAGGAGGGCAUCCGCUGGACUCCCAUCCAGUAUUUCAACAACAAAAUCGUCUGUGACCUCAUUGAAAACAAGCUGAGCCCCCCGGGCAUCAUGAGUGUCCUGGAUGACGUAUGUGCCACCAUGCACGCCACAGGCGAUGGCGCCGACCAGACGCUGCUGCAGAAGCUACAGGCAGCCGUGGGCACCCAUGAGCACUUCAACAGCUGGAGCGCUGGCUUCGUCAUCCACCACUAUGCUGGCAAGGUCUCCUAUGAUGUCCACGGCUUUUGUGAGAGGAACCGAGACGUUCUCUUCACUGACCUCAUAGAGCUGAUGCAGACCAGUGAGCAAGCCUUCCUCCGGAUGCUCUUCCCUGAGAAGCUGGAUGUGGACAAGAAGGGCCGCCCCAGCACUGCUGGCUCCAAGAUCAAGAAACAAGCCAACGACCUGGUGACCACACUGAAGAAGUGUACACCCCACUAUAUCCGCUGCAUCAAACCCAACGAGACCAAGAGGCCCCGUGACUGGGAAGAGAGCAGGGUCAAGCACCAGGUGGAGUACCUGGGCCUGAAGGAGAACAUCAGGGUACGCCGGGCAGGCUUCGCCUACCGCCGCCAGUUCGCCAAAUUCCUGCAAAGGUACGCCAUUCUAACCCCCCAGACAUGGCCACAGUGGCGUGGGGAUGAGCGUCAGGGGGUCCAGCACCUGCUGCGGGCUGUCAACAUGGAUCAGGACCAGUACCAGAUGGGUAGCACCAAGGUCUUCAUCAAGAACCCUGAGUCACUCUUCCUUCUCGAGGAGAUGCGAGAGCGCAAGUUUGAUGGCUUUGCCCGCACCAUCCAGAAGGCCUGGCGGCGCCACGUGGCAAUCCGGAAGUAUGAAGAGAUGCGAGAGGAAGCUUCCAACAUCCUGCUGAACAAGAAGGAGCGGAGACGAAAUAGCAUCAAUAGGAACUUUGUUGGGGACUACCUGGGACUGGAGGAGCGCCCUGAGCUGCGUCAGUUCCUGGGCAAGAGGGAGCGAGUGGACUUCGCAGACUCAGUCACCAAGUAUGACCGCCGCUUCAAGCCCAUCAAGAGGGACUUGAUCCUGACACCCAGAUGUGUAUAUGUGAUCGGGCGGGAGAAGGUGAAGAAGGGACCCGAGAAGGGCCAGGUGCGUGAGGUCCUGAAGAAGAAACUGGAGAUCCAAGCCCUGCGGGGAGUUUCCCUCAGCACGCGACAGGACGACUUCUUUAUCCUCCAAGAAGAAGCUGCCGACAGCUUCCUGGAAAGCAUCUUCAAGACCGAGUUUGUCAGCCUCCUGUGCAAACGUUUCGAGGAGGCAGCGCGGAGGCCCCUGCCCCUCACAUUCGGCGACACACUACAGUUCCGGGUGAAAAAGGAGGGCUGGGGCGGAGGUGGCACCCGCAGCGUCACUUUCUCGCGUGGCUCCGGCGACGUGGCGGUGCUCAAGGCUAGCGGCCGUGCCCUCAGUGUCAGCGUGGGCGACGGGCUGCCCAAAAGCUCUAAGCCUACACGGAAAGGAGUGGCCCAGGGAAAAGCUCGAAGGUCGGCCCAGGCCCCUUCCCGGGCAGCCCCCGGGCCCCCCAGGGGUCUGCACCACAAUGGGGUGCCUCCCUCUGCCAGAGGGGGCCCUCUGCCCCUGGAGAUCACAUCUAGAGGAGGCUCUCAGCGGCCCCCCCAAGGACCUCCAUCUUCAGCCCUAAGGGCCAGCAGACAACCCCGGGCACGACCCCCCUCGGAGCACAACACAGAAUUCCUCAAUGUGCCUGAUCAGGGUGUGGCUGGCAUGCAGAGGAAGCGCAGUGUGGGACAGCGGCCAGUGCCUGGUGUGGGCCGACCCAAGCCCCAGCCACGGGUGCAUGGCCCGCGGUGCCGGGCGCUGUACCAGUAUGUGGGCCAAGAUGUGGAUGAGCUGAGCUUCAACGUGAAUGAAGUCAUUGAGAUCCUCAUGGAAGAUUCCUCUGGCUGGUGGAAAGGCCGACUGCAUGGCCAGGAAGGUCUCUUCCCCGGAAACUAUGUGGAGAAAAUCUGAGCCAUCGGCCCAGGAUACUGUUCUUCUGCCUGCCAGGGAGCCAGACCCUGCUGGCAGGGGUCUCAUUUCCCUUAGCUGCAUUACCCAGAGGUCCAGUACUGUGGCUUCCAGCCCAGUCCAGCCCCUGAGUGCGUCUAAGGGUCACCACUGCAGCCACCCCUGGGCCCUGGCCUCCCAUGUCACACGCAUUUCCUCCUGUGUCACACAGGGCUAAUAGCAGAGCCUACCUCCCAGCUGCCUUGUAUGAAAUGAGUGGUGUCCUCUCAGCAUGAGGUAAAGUGGGGAGGCCUUGACAAGCGUGACCUCCCUCCUGCUCCCUUCACUGAAGCAAUAAAUGUUUGUUUAGUAGAAGUAUGAACUGACUGAGUGCUAAACUCAGAACCUAGUGACAUAGGAAGAGCAAAUGUGCCGCUUUACAGAUGGAAAAAAAAAUGAAGGCUCUGAGGUUAAGUCACUUGCCCAAGAUUCCCCAGAGCCAAGGCUUAAAAAGUUUGUUUGUCUACUUGCCAGCUUCUGGAAGCUGUAUCCCAGCUUUCCCACAGAAAAUGAUCAGGUGGUCCUGUCAGAUCUGAAUCUAUAGCUCCCAAACCCAUCUGGGACCUGACCAGACCCUGAAGAAGGAGGCAGGUCCCCCACAUGGCUCCCCACAACCCACCCUGGGCCACCACUAGUCCUUGCCCCCUACCCCAUGGGGUCAGGACCAGUUCUGACAUUAAAAGGCCCUGGCUUUCUGCAUUUAUGGUCACAGGUGAAGGGGUCAGUCUGGUUACUGGUCUCCCCAGCUGUCUCCAAACCCAUGCUGAAGUCUAAACCUUUGAGAACUCCAUGCAUGUGUAACUGAAACCAGCUUGGAGUCCUGCCUUGGUCUGAGCCUACAGAUCCUGGCUUUCCAGACGGACACCUCCUCUGUGCUCAGCCCCUCCAAGAGCAGCCAGUCUGGGAGAAUGGUGGGGUCAGGACUGAGCCAGAGAGGGGACAGGGGCUGACUGACCAGCUGAGCCUUUUGUAGGAUCCACAUCCUCCCUCUUUUGCACCUAUCUGGGGAAACUUAAGUGUGGCUGGGGGAAAAAAAAAUCCCAAGUUUGUAACUGGGUCUCAACAGCCCUUUUGAUAGCCAGUCAUUUUACCAAAGCAUUUAGCCAGUUCCUUGAAUGUCCCUGGUUCCUUCCAUCUCUUAUCUGCUCACUCUGCCCAACCACCAUUGUGCACAUCUCUUGCUGCAAGACUUAGAUGUGAGGACAGGCCGAGGGAAGGACAACCCACAUAAGCCACCGACUUCAUCAGCUGGGCGUUUCCUAUUUCCUGGUGCUGAGAGGAAAUCACGGCUUCAGUCUCCCUUUCUGCCCUAAACUUACCAUGCAGAAUGCUGCCCUCCAAGUACUUUGGGGUACAGCCCCUGGCCUCUCCACUUCAGCCAUAGCAGGCACCACAUAUGCAGAAAGUAGGGCCUUCUGGAUAGGUUGGAUGAAUGAGGUUUGGGGGGACAGUGAGUAUAAAGGAAGGAGUGGGGUUAAUAUAUUCUAGUAGCUUCUUACAUGUAAGUGACAGCAUCUGUAAACCUGUCAGCUUGCCCCCACUCACACAGCCCACAUCCUGUUGACUCUUUACAAAAUUUCUUAAGUCCAGCCCCUCCUUUCCGUGGGUCCCUCUCCUUUCUGAGGCCUCACCCAACCCUUCCCCAGAUUGCACCCAUCUUCCCUGCAAACACACUUCUCCACCCUGAAUCAAAAUGGCCUGUUUUUGAAGUUGUUAACUGUAUUAAGGAUAAACAAAAGAAAAAAAUUUAAAUUCCAACUGCACAAAAGUUUGAAAAAUCUGCCACUCCCUCCCUUAAAAGUCGUUGUUCCCUUCCCCAGUUUCUAGUGUCUCCUUCUAAUGAUAUUUUCUUCAUAUAAAAGCACAUAAGUACAUCUUAUGUACACAGAUGGAAUUACAUUGCAUAUAGUCUACAUUUGCCUAGAACUCAACAGACACCUCUUGAAUAGUUAAAUAAUGUAUUAUAGAACUCUGAUAUCAAAUAUCCACUUCACUGUCCCUCAAUAGACCACUUUCCAAAAGACCUCCAGGGAUCAGAUGGUGUACCUCCUGCAACUGGAAACUCAUUAGGAUCUAGAGUAGAAACACAGUCCUCCCUCCACAGCUCACAAGACCCUGUAUGACCCUCCCAGCACCAUCUUCACUUUCUGACCUCCACACCCUGCCUCCACUCUGCUCCAGCAUCCACUGAUCUCAUUGUUCCUUGAAAAAGACAAGCUCGUCCCUUCCCUUCCCACCUCAGGACAUUGGCACCAGCUACUACCCACUCUUUCCAGCGUGCCCUGCCCCCACCACCUUCCAUUGACUCAUGCCUUCGUAACAGGUAACAGCUCAGAAGUCACUUCACAGAGGCUUCCCUGACCCAGCACUACCACAUCCUUCUUUAUUUUUUCUUUGUAGCACUUAAUAAAACCUAAGACCAUUUUCUGUA